AUGGCACAUGCAGAAACGGACAUGCAUGGAAGGUUUGAAGAGGGUGCAUGCAAGGGGGGGGUGCAUGCAUGCGGGAGGGGUGGCACUGACGUGCAGUCAAAGAGGUCAACGCCCCUGGCCACCGCGUGCAGCACCUCCUCUGCUCGCCGCCACGCCAUGGGGGGAAGGGGAGGGGCGACACACGGUGGAGAGGGGCGACACACGGUGGAGAGGGGCAGGUGGAGUGCAGGAGCAAGGGAGGAGGGAGGGAAGCGUGUGAAGAGCACGGCGAGCAGCUCAUCAGACCAUCCCCCUCUCCUUCCUUCCGUCUCGUCACACGCCCUGUCUUCACCUCACAUCCCCGCCUCGUGCCCUCUCCUUGCCUCACAUCCCCGCCUCGUGCCCUCUCCUUGCCUCACAUCCCCGCCUCGUGCCCUCUCCUUGCCUCACAUCCCCGUCUCGUGCCCUCUCCUUGCCUCACAUCCCUGCCUCGUGCCCUCUCCUUGCCUCACAUCCCCGCCUCGUGCCCUCUCCUUGCCUCACAUCCCCGCCUCGUGCCCUCUCCUUGCCUCACAUCCCCGCCUCGUGCCCUCUCCUUGCCUCACAUCCCCGCCUCGUGCCCUCUCCUUGCCUCACAUCCCCGUCUCGUGCCCUCUCCUUGCCUCACAUCCCCGCCUCGUGCCCUCUCCUUGCCUCACAUCCCCGCCUCGUGCCCUCUCCUUGCCUCACAUCCCCGCCUCGUGCCCUCUCCUUGCCUCACAUCCCCGCCUCGUGCCCUCUCCUUGCCUCACAUCCCCGUCUCGUGCCCUCUCCUUGCCUCACAUCCCCGCCUCGUGCCCUCUCCUUGCCUCACAUCCCCGCCUCGUGCCCUCUCCUUGCCUCACAUCCCCGCCUCGUGCCCUCUCCUUGCCUCACAUCCCCGCCUCGUGCCCUCUCCUUGCCUCACAUCCCCGCCUCGUGCCCUCUCCUUGCCUCACAUCCCCGUCUCGUGCCCUCUCCUUGCCUCACAUCCCCGCCUCGUGCCCUCUCCUUGCCUCACAUCCCCGCCUCGUGCCCUCUCCUUGCCUCACAUCCCCGCCUCGUGCCCUCUCCUUGCCUCACAUCCCCGCCUCGUGCCCUCUCCUUGCCUCACAUCCCCGCCUCGUGCCCUCUCCUUGCCUCACAUCCCCGUCUCGUGCCCUCUCCUUGCCUCACAUCCCCGCCUCGUGCCCUCUCCUUGCCUCACAUCCCCGCCUCGUGCCCUCUCCUUGCCUCACAUCCCCGCCUCGUGCCCUCUCCUUGCCUCACAUCCCCGCCUCGUGCCCUCUCCUUGCCUCACAUCCCCGCCUCGUGCCCUCUCCUUGCCUCACAUCCCCGCCUCGUGCCCUCUCCUUGCCUCACAUCCCCGCCUCGUGCCCUCUCCUUGCCUCACAUCCCCGCCUCGUGCCCUCUCCUUGCCUCACAUCCCCGCCUCGUGCCCUCUCCUUGCCUCACAUCCCCGCCUCGUGCCCUCUCCUUGCCUCACAUCCCGCCUCGUGCCCUCUCCUUGCCUCACAUCCCCGCCUCGUGCCCUCUCCUUGCCUCACAUCCCCGCCUCGUGCCCUCUCCUUGCCUCACAUCCCCGCCUCGUGCCCUCUCCUUGCCUCACAUCCCCGCCUCGUGCCCUCUCCUUGCCUCACAUCCCCGCCUCGUGCCCUCUCCUUGCCUCACAUCCCCGCCUCGUGCCCUUCUCCUUGCCUCACAUCCCCGCCUCGUGCCCUCUCCUUGCCUCACAUCCCCGCCUCGUGCCCUCUCCUUGCCUCACAUCCCCGUCUCGUGCCCUCUCCUUGCCUCACAUCCCCGCCUCGUGCCCUCUCCUUGCCUCACAUCCCCGCCUCGUGCCCUCUCCUUGCCUCACAUCCCCGCCUCGUGCCCUCUUCCUUGCCUCACAUCCCCGCCUCGUGCCCUCUCCUGCCUCACAUCCCCGUCUCGUGCCCUCUCCUUGCCUCACAUCCCCGCCUCGUGCCCUCUCCUUGCCUCACAUCCCCGCCUCGUGCCCUCUCCUUGCCUCACAUCCCCGCCUCGUGCCCUCUCCUUGCCUCACAUCCCCGCCUCGUGCCCUCUCCUUGCCUCACAUCCCCGCCUCGUGCCCUCUCCUUGCCUCACAUCCCCGCCUCGUGCCCUCUCCUUGCCUCACAUCCCCGCCUCGUGCCCUCUCCUUGCCUCACAUCCCCGCCUCGUGCCCUCUCCUUGCCUCACAUCCCCGUCUCGUGCCCUCUCCUUGCCUCACAUCCCCGCCUCGUGCCCUCUCCUUGCCUCACAUCCCCGCCUCGUGCCCUCUCCUUGCCUCACAUCCCCGCCUCGUGCCCUCUCCUUGCCUCACAUCCCCGCCUCGUGCCCUCUCCUUGCCUCACAUCCCCGCCUCGUGCCCUCUCCUUGCCUCACAUCCCCGCCUCGUGCCCUCUCCUUGCCUCACAUCCCCGCCUCGUGCCCUCUCCUUGCCUCACAUCCCCGCCUCGUGCCCUCUCCUUGCCUCACAUCCCCGCCUCGUGCCCUCUCCUUGCCUCACAUCCCCGCCUCGUGCCCUCUCCUUGCCUCACAUCCCCGCCUCGUGCCCUCUCCUUGCCUCACAUCCCCGCCUCGUGCCCUCUCCUUGCCUCACAUCCCCGCCUCGUGCCCUCUCCUUGCCUCACAUCCCCGCCUCGUGCCCUCUCCUUGCCUCACAUCCCCGCCUCGUGCCCUCUCCUUGCCUCACAUCCCCGCCUCGUGCCCUCUCCUUGCCUCACAUCCCCGCCUCGUGCCCUCUCCUUGCCUCACAUCCCCGCCUCGUGCCCUCUCCUUGCCUCACAUCCCCGCCUCGUGCCCUCUCCUUGCCUCACAUCCCCGCCUCGUGCCCUCUCCUGCCUCACAUCCCCGUCUCGUGCCCUCUCCUUGCCUCACAUCCCCGCCUCGUGCCCUCUCCUUGCCUCACAUCCCCGCCUCGUGCCCUCUCCUUGCCUCACAUCCCCGCCUCGUGCCCUCUCCUUGCCUCACAUCCCCGCCUCGUGCCCUCUCCUUGCCUCACAUCCCCGCCUCGUGCCCUCUCCUUGCCUCACAUCCCCGCCUCGUGCCCUCUCCUUGCCUCACAUCCCCGCCUCGUGCCCUCUCCUUGCCUCACAUCCCCGCCUCGUGCCCUCUCCUUGCCUCACAUCCCCGCCUCGUGCCCUCUCCUUGCCUCACAUCCCCGCCUCGUGCCCUCUCCUUGCCUCACAUCCCCGCCUCGUGCCCUCUCCUUGCCUCACAUCCCCGCCUCGUGCCCUCUCCUUGCCUCACAUCCCCGCCUCGUGCCCUCUCCUUGCCUCACAUCCCCGCCUCGUGCCCUCUCCUUGCCUCACAUCCCCGCCUCGUGCCCUCUCCUUGCCUCACAUCCCCGCCUCGUGCCCUCUCCUUGCCUCACAUCCCCGCCUCGUGCCCUCUCCUUGCCUCACAUCCCCGCCUCGUGCCCUCUCCUUGCCUCACAUCCCCGCCUCGUGCCCUCUCCUUGCCUCACAUCCCCGCCUCGUGCCCUCUCCUUGCCUCACAUCCCCGCCUCGUGCCCUCUCCUUGCCUCACAUCCCCGCCUCGUGCCCUCUCCUUGCCUCACAUCCCCGCCUCGUGCCCUCUCCUUGCCUCACAUCCCCGCCUCGUGCCCUCUCCUUGCCUCACAUCCCCGCCUCGUGCCCUCUCCUUGCCUCACAUCCCCGCCUCGUGCCCUCUCCUUGCCUCACAUCCCCGCCUCGUGCCCUCUCCUUGCCUCACAUCCCCGCCUCGUGCCCUCUCCUUGCCUCACAUCCCCGCCUCGUGCCCUCUCCUUGCCUCACAUCCCCGCCUCGUGCCCUCUCCUUGCCUCACAUCCCCGCCUCGUGCCCUCUCCUUGCCUCACAUCCCCGCCUCGUGCCCUCUCCUUGCCUCACAUCCCCGUCUCGUGCCCUCUCCUUGCCUCACAUCCCCGCCUCGUGCCCUCUCCUUGCCUCACAUCCCCGCCUCGUGCCCUCUCCUUGCCUCACAUCCCCGCCUCGUGCCCUCUCCUUGCCUCACAUCCCCGCCUCGUGCCCUCUCCUUGCCUCACAUCCCCGCCUCGUGCCCUCUCCUUGCCUCACAUCCCCGCCUCGUGCCCUCUCCUUGCCUCACAUCCCCGUCCUCGUGCCCUCUCCUUGCCUCACAUCCCCGCCUCGUGCCCUCUCCUUGCCUCACAUCCCCGCCUCGUGCCCUCUCCUUGCCUCACAUCCCCGCCUCGUGCCCUCUCCUUGCCUCACAUCCCCGCCUCGUGCCCUCUCCUUGCCUCACAUCCCCGCCUCGUGCCCUCUCCUUGCCUCACAUCCCCGCCUCGUGCCCUCUCCUUGCCUCACAUCCCCGCCUCGUGCCCUCUCCUUGCCUCACAUCCCCGCCUCGUGCCCUCUCCUUGCCUCACAUCCCCGCCUCGUGCCCUCUCCUUGCCUCACAUCCCCGCCUCGUGCCCUCUCCUUGCCUCACAUCCCCGCCUCGUGCCCUCUCCUUGCCUCACAUCCCCGCCUCGUGCCCUCUCCUUGCCUCACAUCCCCGCCUCGUGCCCUCUCCUUGCCUCACAUCCCCGCCUCGUGCCCUCUCCUUGCCUCACAUCCCCGCCUCGUGCCCUCUCCUUGCCUCACAUCCCCGCCUCGUGCCCUCUCCUUGCCUCACAUCCCCGCCUCGUGCCCUCUCCUUGCCUCACAUCCCCGCCUCGUGCCCUCUCCUUGCCUCACAUCCCCGCCUCGUGCCCUCUCCUUGCCUCACAUCCCCGCCUCGUGCCCUCUCCUUGCCUCACAUCCCCGCCUCGUGCCCUCUCCUUGCCUCACAUCCCCGCCUCGUGCCCUCUCCUUGCCUCACAUCCCCGCCUCGUGCCCUCUCAUUGCCUCACAUCCCCGCCUCGUGCCCUCUCCUUGCCUCACAUCCCCGCCUCGUGCCCUCUCCUUGCCUCACAUCCCCGCCUCGUGCCCUCUCCUUGCCUCACAUCCCCGUCUCGUGCCCUCUCCUUGCCUCACAUCCCCGCCUCGUGCCCUCUCCUUGCCUCACAUCCCCGCCUCGUGCCCUCUCCUUGCCUCACAUCCCCGCCUCGUGCCCUCUCCUUGCCUCACAUCCCCGCCUCGUGCCCUCUCCUUGCCUCACAUCCCCGCCUCGUGCCCUCUCCUUGCCUCACAUCCCCGCCUCGUGCCCUCUCCUUGCCUCACAUCCCCGCCUCGUGCCCUCUCCUUGCCUCACAUCCCCGCCUUGUGCCCUCUCCUUGCCUCACAUCCCCGUCUCGUGCCCUCUCCUUGCCUCACAUCCCCGUCUCGUGCCCUCUCCUUGCCUCACAUCCCCGCCUCGUGCCCUCUCCUUGCCUCACAUCCCCGCCUCGUGCCCUCUCCUUGCCUCACAUCCCCGUCUCGUGCCCUCUCCUUGCCUCACAUCCCCGUCUCGUGCCCUCUCCUUGCCUCACAUCCCCGUCUCGUGCCCUCUCCUUGCCUCACAUCCCCGCCUCGUGCCCUCUCCUUGCCUCACAUCCCCGCCUCGUGCCCUCUCCUUGCCUCACAUCCCCGUCUCGUGCCCUCUCCUUGCCUCACAUCCCCGCCUCGUGCCCUCUCCUUGCCUCACAUCCCCGCCUCGUGCCCUCUCCUUGCCUCACAUCCCCGCCUCGUGCCCUCUCCUUGCCUCACAUCCCCGCCUCGUGCCCUCUCCUUGCCUCACAUCCCCGCCUCGUGCCCUCUCCUUGCCUCACAUCCCCGCCUCGUGCCCUCUCCUUGCCUCACAUCCCUGACUCGUGCCCUCUCCUUGCCUCACAUCCCCGCCUCGUGCCCUCUCCUUGCCUCACAUCCCCGCCUCGUGCCCUCUCCUUGCCUCACAUCCCCGCCUCGUGCCCUCUCCUUGCCUCACAUCCCCGUCUCGUGCCCUCUCCUUGCCUCACAUCCCCGCCUCGUGCCCUCUCCUUGCCUCACAUCCCCGCCUCGUGCCCUCUACUUGCCUCACAUCCCUGCCUCGUGCCCUCUCCUUGCCUCACAUCCCCGCCUCGUGCCCUCUCCUUGCCUCACAUCCCCGCCUCGUGCCCUCUCCUUGCCUCACAUCCCCGCCUCGUGCCCUCUCCUUGCCUCACAUCCCCGCCUCGUGCCCUCUCCUUGCCUCACAUCCCUGCCUCGUGCCCUCUCCUUGCCUCACAUCCCCGCCUCGUGCCCUCUCCUUGCCUCACAUCCCCGCCUCGUGCCCUCUCCUUGCCUCACAUCCCCGCCUCGUGCCCUCUCCUUGCCUCACAUCCCCGCCUCGUGCCCUCUCCUUGCCUCACAUCCCCGCCUCGUGCCCUCUCCUUGCCUCACAUCCCCGCCUCGUGCCCUCUCCUUGCCUCACAUCCCCGCCUCGUGCCCUCUCCUUGCCUCACAUCCCCGCCUUGUGCCCUCUCCUUGCCUCACAUCCCCGUCUCGUGCCCUCUCCUUGCCUCACAUCCCCGUCUCGUGCCCUCUCCUUGCCUCACAUCCCCGCCUCGUGCCCUCUCCUUGCCUCACAUCCCCGCCUCGUGCCCUCUCCUUGCCUCACAUCCCCGCCUCGUGCCCUCUCCUUGCCUCACAUCCCCGUCUCGUGCCCUCUCCUUGCCUCACAUCCCCGUCUCGUGCCCUCUCCUUGCCUCACAUCCCCGUCUCGUGCCCUCUCCUUGCCUCACAUCCCCGCCUCGUGCCCUCUCCUUGCCUCACAUCCCCGCCUCGUGCCCUCUCCUUGCCUCACAUCCCCGCCUCGUGCCCUCUCCUUGCCUCACAUCCCCGCCUCGUGCCCUCUCCUUGCCUCACAUCCCCGUCUCGUGCCCUCUCCUUGCCUCACAUCCCCGUCUCGUGCCCUCUCCUUGCCUCACAUCCCCGCCUCGUGCCCUCUCCUUGCCUCACAUCCCCGCCUCGUGCCCUCUCCUUGCCUCACAUCCCCGUCUCGUGCCCUCUCCUUGCCUCACAUCCCCGUCUCGUGCCCUCUCCUUGCCUCACAUCCCCGUCUCGUGCCCUCUCCUUGCCUCACAUCCCCGUCUCGUGCCCUCUCCUUGCCUCACAUCCCCGUCUCGUGCCCUCUCCUUGCCUCACAUCCCCGUCUCGUGCCCUCUCCUUGCCUCACAUCCCCGUCUCGUGCCCUCUCCUUGCCCCACGCCUCAUGCCCUCUCCUUGCCUCACAUCCCCGCCUCGUGCCCUCUCCUUGCCUCACAUCCCCGUCUCGUGCCCUCUCCUUGCCUCACAUCCCCGUCUCGUGCCCUCUCCUUGCCUCACAUCCCCGCCUCGUGCCCUCUCCUUGCCUCACAUCCCCGCCUCGUGCCCUCUCCUUGCCUCACAUCCCCGCCUCGUGCCCUCUCCUUGCCUCACAUCCCCGCCUCGUGCCCUCUCCUUGCCUCACAUCCCCGCCUCGUGCCCUCUCAUUGCCUCACAUCCCCGCCUCGUGCCCUCUCCUUGCCUCACAUCCCCGCCUCGUGCCCUCUCCUUGCCUCACAUCCCCGCCUCGUGCCCUCUCCUUGCCUCACAUCCCCGUCUCGUGCCCUCUCCUUGCCUCACAUCCCCGCCUCGUGCCCUCUCCUUGCCUCACAUCCCCGCCUCGUGCCCUCUCCUUGCCUCACAUCCCCGCCUCGUGCCCUCUCCUUGCCUCACAUCCCCGCCUCGUGCCCUCUCCUUGCCUCACAUCCCCGCCUCGUGCCCUCUCCUUGCCUCACAUCCCCGCCUCGUGCCCUCUCCUUGCCUCACAUCCCCGCCUCGUGCCCUCUCCUUGCCUCACAUCCCCGCCUUGUGCCCUCUCCUUGCCUCACAUCCCCGUCUCGUGCCCUCUCCUUGCCUCACAUCCCCGUCUCGUGCCCUCUCCUUGCCUCACAUCCCCGCCUCGUGCCCUCUCCUUGCCUCACAUCCCCGCCUCGUGCCCUCUCCUUGCCUCACAUCCCCGUCUCGUGCCCUCUCCUUGCCUCACAUCCCCGUCUCGUGCCCUCUCCUUGCCUCACAUCCCCGUCUCGUGCCCUCUCCUUGCCUCACAUCCCCGCCUCGUGCCCUCUCCUUGCCUCACAUCCCCGCCUCGUGCCCUCUCCUUGCCUCACAUCCCCGUCUCGUGCCCUCUCCUUGCCUCACAUCCCCGCCUCGUGCCCUCUCCUUGCCUCACAUCCCCGCCUCGUGCCCUCUCCUUGCCUCACAUCCCCGCCUCGUGCCCUCUCCUUGCCUCACAUCCCCGCCUCGUGCCCUCUCCUUGCCUCACAUCCCCGCCUCGUGCCCUCUCCUUGCCUCACAUCCCCGCCUCGUGCCCUCUCCUUGCCUCACAUCCCUGACUCGUGCCCUCUCCUUGCCUCACAUCCCCGCCUCGUGCCCUCUCCUUGCCUCACAUCCCCGCCUCGUGCCCUCUCCUUGCCUCACAUCCCCGCCUCGUGCCCUCUCCUUGCCUCACAUCCCCGUCUCGUGCCCUCUCCUUGCCUCACAUCCCCGCCUCGUGCCCUCUCCUUGCCUCACAUCCCCGCCUCGUGCCCUCUACUUGCCUCACAUCCCUGCCUCGUGCCCUCUCCUUGCCUCACAUCCCCGCCUCGUGCCCUCUCCUUGCCUCACAUCCCCGCCUCGUGCCCUCUCCUUGCCUCACAUCCCCGCCUCGUGCCCUCUCCUUGCCUCACAUCCCCGCCUCGUGCCCUCUCCUUGCCUCACAUCCCCGCCUCGUGCCCUCUCCUUGCCUCACAUCCCCGCCUCGUGCCCUCUCCUUGCCUCACAUCCCCGCCUCGUGCCCUCUCCUUGCCUCACAUCCCCGCCUCGUGCCCUCUCCUUGCCUCACAUCCCCGCCUCGUGCCCUCUCCUUGCCUCACAUCCCCGCCUCGUGCCCUCUCCUUGCCUCACAUCCCCGCCUCGUGCCCUCUCCUUGCCUCACAUCCCCGCCUCGUGCCCUCUCCUUGCCUCACAUCCCCGCCUUGUGCCCUCUCCUUGCCUCACAUCCCCGUCUCGUGCCCUCUCCUUGCCUCACAUCCCCGUCUCGUGCCCUCUCCUUGCCUCACAUCCCCGCCUCGUGCCCUCUCCUUGCCUCACAUCCCCGCCUCGUGCCCUCUCCUUGCCUCACAUCCCCGCCUCGUGCCCUCUCCUUGCCUCACAUCCCCGUCUCGUGCCCUCUCCUUGCCUCACAUCCCCGUCUCGUGCCCUCUCCUUGCCUCACAUCCCCGUCUCGUGCCCUCUCCUUGCCUCACAUCCCCGCCUCGUGCCCUCUCCUUGCCUCACAUCCCCGCCUCGUGCCCUCUCCUUGCCUCACAUCCCCGCCUCGUGCCCUCUCCUUGCCUCACAUCCCCGCCUCGUGCCCUCUCCUUGCCUCACAUCCCCGUCUCGUGCCCUCUCCUUGCCUCACAUCCCCGUCUCGUGCCCUCUCCUUGCCUCACAUCCCCGCCUCGUGCCCUCUCCUUGCCUCACAUCCCCGCCUCGUGCCCUCUCCUUGCCUCACAUCCCCGUCUCGUGCCCUCUCCUUGCCUCACAUCCCCGUCUCGUGCCCUCUCCUUGCCUCACAUCCCCGUCUCGUGCCCUCUCCUUGCCUCACAUCCCCGUCUCGUGCCCUCUCCUUGCCUCACAUCCCCGUCUCGUGCCCUCUCCUUGCCUCACAUCCCCGUCUCGUGCCCUCUCCUUGCCUCACAUCCCCGUCUCGUGCCCUCUCCUUGCCCCACGCCUCAUGCCCUCUCCUUGCCUCACAUCCCCGCCUCGUGCCCUCUCCUUGCCUCACAUCCCCGUCUCGUGCCCUCUCCUUGCCUCACAUCCCCGUCUCGUGCCCUCUCCUUGCCUCACAUCCCCGCCUCGUGCCCUCUCCUUGCCUCACAUCCCCGUCUCGUGCCCUCUCCUUGCCUCACAUCCCCGUCUCGUGCCCUCUCCUUGCCUCACAUCCCCGCCUCGUGCCCUCUCCUUGCCUCACAUCCCCGUCUCGUGCCCUCUCCUUGCCUCACAUCCCCGUCUCGUGCCCUCUCCUUGCCUCACAUCCCCGUCUCGUGCCCUCUCCUUGCCUCACAUCCCCGUCUCGUGCCCUCUCCUUGCCUCACAUCCCCGUCUCGUGCCCUCUCCUUGCCUCACAUCCCCGUCUCGUGCCCUCUCCUUGCCUCACAUCCCCUUUCCAAUCUCCUCCCCUGCAGCCAAAUCAUGCUUCUGGCAGCCUGCUGGGCGCACUACUUUCUUGAACCCUCUUGACCCCUCUUGGCCACUCCUGAACUCGCUUGAGCCGAAACGCUCUUGCCUCCGUGCCGUCAUGGCCUCAUCUCAUCCCAUCUACAGCCUUUAG